GUCUAUCGUCACGUUUUUGCCACGCAGAAUGGAUUGCCGUUUUCCACAUCGACGCGAUUUGGCAAACAACGAUAAAACCGCACCGUUUCCAUUUGCAGCGAGCAAUCGUCGCAAUUAGCCCCGUUAAACGCCGCCGGGUUGACGGGUGGAGGGCAGUAGCGGCAGUAGCAGAGACGGCGAUCAAAUCCUGACCAAGGCGUCCGUGUUCCAGGGCAAGCGAGGGAGUGGCGAGGGGAUGGGGUGAAAUUCCGCUCGAUACAAAUUCGAUAAAGCCGCCGGCGGCUCGCAGGACUCGCUCGUUAUCCGGAUCUGGUGGUCUGUUAGCCGCUACGUCAGAAAACUUGCAGCCUUUCCCAAUCGAUCAUUGUAAUCAGGACCAUCGCCUGAACUGGUUACCACAUCACAGAGAUGCUUGCAGCUACCAUAAUCGCUUUUCGGUAAUGUCGCUUUGUCCAUCGUCGUCUCAUCAGCUUGUCGCAGCGGCGAUCGCUUUUCGACGUGCCCGCCGCAAAUUUCCGAAGGACUUCGGCCUCGAAAGCACCGUCGAACGUGAAUCCGGAAAUACAAAGACGCAGAAAACCACUACGAGCCGCGAAGAGCCUAUCAAUCAAGUCAGAUCGAGCUCCAUGCUGGUGAGACGCGCAUACAAUUCGAGAUCCGAUCAUGUUUGUCCAGCGAGCGUGCGGAAUCACGACUUCGAUCGUUCCUAUAACAAGGAGAACUCGAUCAGCUGCAGUUGCUACCGGACAAGAAACGUCGGCGAGGAUAUUUCGGAGCUGGGGGACGAGUGCAGUGGCGGAGAUGCGGUCGAUACCGUGCCAAGCAGAGAGCGCGAGGAGUUUGCGUCAUCGGACGCCGAUCGUAAAAAUGAAUUUGUGAAAUUGGUCGACCCAGACAGAUGCGACGUAGCGUCGAGAUCGACGGACGACAGCGACGCUGUCAGAUCGAUAGAACGGAUCCCGCAAUCCUCACAUCCAACAUCUUAUCAUCAUUGUAAAGCGCGCUGCCGGUCGAGACCAUGCUCGAAUGUGGAUCCCAACGUAAAUCCUCCGUGUGACUCUGCGUCCUGUGAGAAGCACGACAAAGUCGCGUGCGGCGAUUUUACGGAGGACAGGAGCAAGGAGUUCGCGUCGUCAAGUUGUCAUGGAACAUCCAUCGAUCUUGGUGGCAAUGCGGAGGAGGAUAUCGUUACCAGCGACACUCGGGGCCGUAGUUCGGAUGUCGAAGACAUGUGGACGAGGGCGAAUACUUUGACCAAAUCUCAUUCGACCCAUCGGAAAAUUGUAGAUUCAACCUGGCGAUGCCAGUGCGAAUGUCAUCCGCGCGAAGAUUCUAUUCCGAAUCUGUCAAGAUCGUCGUGCGAUCGUUGCCGAGAUGAAUGCUACCUUCGCCAUAAUUAUUAUUGCGAUUGCUCCCAUCGGCAUUGCUGUUGUCCGCAACGCGACAGCUUGUGCAUAAAUAUCAAAGGAUGUGAGACGCGCGGGAACGGCAUCUCCGGCGAGAAAGCUCAACACAAAAGCUGGCGCGAUCAGAUGCGAGGCGAGAAUAGUCGAUUGUACGCGCGGCAGUGUUACUCGAAGGAGUAUUCUGGAAUAAUACCCGCCUCUCGUGAGCGAAACGAUGAGGAAUGCAAGGAGAAGAAGAACGACGACGACGACGACGACGACGACGACGACAACGACAACGAAGACGACGACGAUAGCGUGGUUGUUAUCAAUCACAAGGACUCCAUGUGCAUCCUCGCUGAAAAAUAUAAAGCCAGCAGGAAGUGGCGCGGCAGAAGGUGCGGGGAUAGAGCGCAAUCGGGCGACAGGAUAGGGAACAAGGAUGAGUGUAACAAAUCGUUGACUUCGGAAAUCAUCGAUCAGCCGGGGUCGUCGCUUGAGAUCGUAAACGCGGUUUCGCACGAGGGACCGAGGAUGAGACACAGUUGCCGAGCUGCACAUUGCGAGAACUGCGGAACCGCCGCGUUCGCGAGAAUAUGUGGUCGUGUAUGUGGCCGACACGAGCCGCCAGAGGGUGAAUUCGACCGAUUGAAGCUGCCUUUGAACGAGAUGGCUGCCACCCGCUGUUGCUCGAGUCGACCGCCUUGUAGACGUGUCUCCUAAUUCAAUUUUGUUUCACAAAACACGUUCAUGGACUUUUUACCCCAAUUUUUGUAUUUUCUAGUUAUUUUCA